UUUUAUUUUGAACCCGACCGGCAGCUGUGACGUCACACGGUCACUCAUGUAACAGGCGUGCGGAUCGAUGGUCGUCUGAAGAUCGGAUAAACAGCGAUCAGACUGCAGAUAUGUCGUACUGCAAACAGGAAGGUAAAGAUCGUGUCAUCUUUGUGACUAAAGAAGAUCAUGAAGCGCCCAGUAACGCUGAGCUUAUUGAAGAUGACCCGACGGAUCCAUAUGAGGAUCAAGGUUUGAUCUUACCCAGUGGAGAAAUAAACUGGAACUGCCCGUGUCUGGGUGGCAUGGCGAGCGGCCCCUGCGGGCAGCAGUUCAAGGACGCCUUUUCUUGUUUCCACUAUAGCAAGGAGGAGGUCAAGGGGUCAGAAUGUGUGGAGAACUUCCGCAGUAUGCAGGAGUGUAUGCAGAAAUACCCUGAGCUGUACCCACAGGAGGAUGACCACGAGAGCGCCCCCUCUGGCGGGGCUGAUUCUGCUCCCACUUUCACUGACUCCGUCUCUUCAUCCUCUCCUGAUUCUGCAUUAGCAGACACAGAAAACCCAGCGGCGAGCUAAUGUCUUCAGUGUUUGAUCCCAGCAGAGAACGCUCCACUCUUUUCAAUCUGGAAGAAGCACUUCAGGUUUUCCUCUUUGAGAGAUUCAAACGACAUUAUUAACAGCAUUUGAGGAUCUGUAUGAAGCCGACAGAGAGUGUUUCAGAGUUUUGCAUCAUUAAACAUUAGUCCACCUCAUCUGUAAUGCUCCUUUAAAUCACAGCUUGUUAUUUUCCGCUCCACAUCCGAAGCUAAACGUGCUUUCAGAAGCUCACAGGACGGGUUUACUCGAACUAUCAGGUCUAUAUUUCUGUGCCCUUUUUCCUUCUGUUUGUAAUGUGUGUGUGUGAACAGUAGAGGGCGUGAGUGCCUGUAACACGUGUGAUCCAGAACACGGACACAUGAUGUAAAUCUGUCGUGCAUCAGUUCUCUCUUCAGCACGUCAUUGCAUCAGGAUUGAUGAUAUUAGAAGUGUAACUCAUGAGAACAGGCCCAUUCUACACAAGUGCAUGUGACUUUAAUCCAUUCUUAUAGUUCAACAAUCAUUUAAAUCCGACUGACUGUCUGCGUGUCCUAAUGUUUGUCAUUUAAAGCCUUAACAUGAUGAUUCCUGCUCUGGUAAAACACCCGCUGAUGUUUGUGAUUUAGCCGUUUCUGUAAGAAACAAAGAAAAUACAGAUUCCAAAUGUGAUGUUUGAGGACUAAUUGCUCUUGCAUUAGUGUGACUUGUGUAGAAGCAUUGUUCAAUACACAUGAGAAGUGUUUGAGGUAAAAGUUUUAACUGAAGCAAAUAAAAUACAGAAGU